AUGGAUGAAGAUUAUGACUACGAUAUUGACUAUUCAGCUGACGAAUUAUAUGAAUAUGCGGAUGGGUUCCCCGAAAGCAUGGAAUACAAUCUCCGAGACUUGUGGAGUGAUUGUUUGGUGCCCACGUUAUCGGACGGAAUUGCAUCGACUUUCAAAUUACUAAUCUGCUGUUUACUCCUAAAAUUGAAUCUUGCUCUUACUUUCAUGCCAGAUUACUCCUUCCAUUUCACAUCGGCAGCUACUGGCAUUUACUGCCUGCACUCUUUUUUUGGCAGCGACAUUUUGUACAUCAUCCUCUUUGCAGCUGUUGGUUAUGGAAUCAUGAUCUUAGCAAAUGAUGUUCUUAAGCAAUACCAAGGAACUGUGUGUGUCUUUUCUUGUUUCAUGUUUGCAAUAAUAUGUGAAUUAUUUUUUGCAGAGAAAUCUCUUUGGCAUCGCAUCAGAGGGUCUCAAAUGCUGCUUUCUAUGAAACUUAUAUCUUUGGCAUUUGACACCCAAUUCUCAGGAAAUGAUCUUCCACCUGUAAUUGCCUGCUUUGGUUUUUUAUUCCAUCCUGGAACUGUGAUAUUUGGACCCUGGAUAAGCUAUUCCUCAUACAUGAACAGCAGGCAGAGCAUAAAAGUUGAUUUCUCUUGGAUUUCAUCAAUCAUUCGCAGCCUCAUUUUCAGUUUUGGUUUUCUGAGUAUUUCCACGUGUUGGACAUCAUGGUUCUUCUAUUCACCUGGAUGGAAGAUAUCUUCUGUUGUAUCUGCCUUAGACAUCGAAAUUCCACGCUCUUUGGUAGAAGUUGUCAUUUGGUGGAAUGUCCCUAUGCAUUUCUGGCUUAAAACAUAUGUAUUCAAAACUGCAAAGCCGUUGGGGGACUUUGCUGCAGUACUGCUUACUUAUGUUGCAAGCUCACUGCUACAUGGACUAAAUUUUCAGCUUGCAGCAGUUCUUCUUUCCUUAGGAUUUUACACAUACAUUGAACAUGGUGAGUAA